UAUUUCUAUUUUUUUUUUUUUUUUGUUUUUUUUUGUUGGUCUUUCUGUGUAUUCAUAAAUACAAUAAUUCGGUUUCAGAAUUAACAUUAAUAUCUUCAAAAUGUAUGACUUUGAAAUCUUGGUAGAAAGCCAUAUUAGACCAAAACAAUAAAUAGUCCUAUGCAUAAACUGGGUGUGCACAACACCUGCUCAACUCCAGAUUGUUACGAAUAGACUAAUACACGAGUUAAUCUGCCACAUGACGCAUGCGCAUUAUUAGACUCCGGAAGCAAAAUUAGUCAUUGGACAUUUUGUUUGUUUUCAAAAGUCUCUUUCGUCGUUUCGAUGUCGUAAAUGCCAUAGAAAUGAAGAGACCAAUAUUUUUCGCUUGUGUUUUGAUUACAUUUGUUUUUGCGAACGAUCCAGACGUCACAAUAGAUGAAACCAGUCCACCGACCAAGUUCACACCUUUGGAGAAAAUUAUGACUGUGACGAAAAAUAGCGACGCUUACCUCACCUGCAAAGUUGAAAACAAACCACCAGAUAAGGAUGUCGAGUGGGUGGGUAUACCAAUGCAACCCGGAGCACCUUUGAUAUCUAUUUCUAUCGGUCCAGAUUCCAAAGAUCCCUUCAAGUACCAAAUUGAUGUCCCCUCCUCAUUGCAAUGGCGAUUGAAAAUCCAGAACGUGCAGAUAUCGGAUGAAAUGAAAUACUACUGUCAAGUUUCAACUGGCGUGCAGAAGUAUGCCAAAGAUGUACGAACUCUAAGGGUUGUCACAGCGCCUCAAAUUGCGGACUUGGAAACAGACAGUGAUAUGACCGUUAAGGUUGGGGAUCCGGUGUCGUUGAAAUGCAAUGCGACGGGAAGACCAUUUCCAAUUGUGAAGUGGGAAAAGCUAGCAGGAGGUCUUUUACCAACUGGAGGGAGGGAGUACAGAAAUUAUGUCCUUGACCUUGGAAAAGCACAACCAGAUCACCGUGGAUCAUAUAAAUGCACUGCACAAAAUGAAAAAGGCAAAGCAUACCGAAUUGUUUCAGUGGUUGUCCAAUUCAAGCCAAUUGGUCGAGCAGUUCAGAAUCCAGUACCACAGAUGAUUGGAUAUCGGAAGGACUUGAUGUGUGAAUUCGAGGGCUACCCCAUUCCUUCAUCAAAACAGGUUUCAUGGUCAAAAAAUGGCAAAGGUAUCACUACAGGUGGCAAUUAUGAAACAACAUACAUUGAGGGUGCAUCUGACAAAGUAAGAAUAAAACUGACAAUAAAGAGAGUUACCAAUGCGGAUUUUGGUUAUUACCAGUGUAUGGGUUCAAACGCAGAGGGAAGUGGAAGUGCUCAAAUCGAACUCCAGUCUUCAAGUAUUCCAACACCAGACUCCACUGGGCAAAUAAACAGUGCUGGAAUGUUAACAUUUAGUAUGAUUUCAAUCAUGAUGUUACUCUCAGUGUGCUUUUUGCAUAAGCUUUAGAUUUUGUCUGCAAAUUUUCAGGAGAAACUUCAUAUACUGACUUUGGACUAUGCAACCCUUUCCCACGUUAACUAAUUCACAAGAAGUCGAACAUGUUUUUGUUAAAUUUUAAGAGUACAGAAAUGAUUUUACCUCUUCAGUGCUUAUAUCUUCCAUUGAUACUUUCCAAAUGUAUGGCCAUUAGUGAUUGAUAAUCAAAAUACUUUUAGUUUGCUGGGAUGGAUGUUUGGAGAGCUAUUGUCUUGGUGUCACACUUUAAGGGGAAAAUGUUAACCUUGGCUAUCUCUUUUGAAUCAAGGGGAUAGAGCUUUGAUACAUCUUUUAUAAAUGCCUCAUAACCAAGCCAUUCAUUUGGUACCAAGACUUGUCAAUUUGACCUAUUGACCUUUAUUUUGGACUUUGACAUACUUUUCAAAAAUGUUAAUCUUGGUUAGAUAUCUUUUGAACCAAAUGAAUAGAGUCAGUAGAUUCCUUCUUCCCAGCAAGCUAUGUUGUCUUCUGACAACUUUUGUUAUAAUCAGUGAAUGAACAUGAUGAUUGGUCACUGUUGAUUUUAUAAGCACAGUUGAGUGUUACAGUGGUUAAUGUUUAAAUAACUGUGUAUUGUGUUGUAUAGGACAGAAGAUUUAAACUCGAGAAAAAUACUUUGCAAUUUACUACUGUGUAUAUCUUAUCAAUGGCUUGGAUGAACAAUUGAUUGAAGCAUUUCCCAAUUGCAUAUAAUAUCAAUUGUGAAACAAUUCAAUCAUAAAAGAUUGAAAAUUCAGCAGAUUGACUUUUGAUUAUACAUGUUAUAGUUGAUCAUUCUUUCAUUGCUAAUAUCCAUAAACUUCAUGACCUCAUAAGUUUCAUCUUACACCAUAUGUGUCAUUUUGUAUUUUAAAACGGACUCCAUAUUCUGUUUUCUAAUAUAUAGAGAAACUAAGAGUUAUGAAGUAAAUUUAUAUAGUAAACUCAUGUAAUCAUCUUUGCACCCAAUGCAUUGUACCCCCAGUUACUGCAUAUUAAUUCAAUGUGAACACUGACAGAAAUUUUUGAAUUUAUGAAAAUUUAAAUCUGAACAAGUGCUCAUUGAUAUCUCAUCCCUUUGUUAGGUUUUAUUAUUGCAUCGGUAUCUCAUAAAUUUGACUACUUUAUAAUUAAUGAAGAUUUUGUGUUUUACACUUCUUUCUCAAAAUAUGUAUGGUCUUAAAUGGCAUCAGAAUCUAAGAGGCCUUAACAUUUCUCUUUCCUUCAACCUUUUUAACAUGUGGCUGUUAUUCGAUGCUUUUUAAAAGAAGUUAUAGUUAUGUGUAUAUAAUACAUGUUUUUAUUUCUUGUUCAUUCUGCAUAAAAUAUUUCACUCUAUUACAUGUAACAGCCCAGUUUCAUGGAAAUUGUUGUAAAAUGCAUAGCAUUCAAGAGUUUUAACUACAAUUUUAUGUUUUAGGAACUAUUUUCAUACUCAUAAUUUUUUGAGAACUGUGGAUAUACUUUAUUUUUGUGUGGUUGUGAGGUGAAAAUGAAAUAUAACUAAUGCCAUUUUAUUGGAAAAUGUGAAUAUUUUAUACAAGAUACAUAUCAUUCAAUAAUGUCCAAUUCACAUUCCUUUUGUAUACUUUGUACUACAAUAGACUUGUAUUUACAUCUUUUUUUUUUUUUUUUAGCUGAAAGUUGUACAUUAUUAAAAUAAAUAUGUUAACUAGAAAUUCUCA